AUGGCUUUUGAUCUUGCGGAAAGGUUUCCCAAUGGAACAAAAUAUUACGCACUCCUUGAUCCUGGACAAUAUCAAUGUAUUUCCGAUAGAAAACAAAAAGAAAGCAUAGCACCAUUUCUCUCAAAAUCCCCUCGUGUUUGUCAAAAAGGUAAUAAGAUCUGGACACAUGCUGCUUACAGCCCGAAGAGCGACCGGCAUAUUCCAAAUUGUACAACAAUUCGUUCAAAAAUUCCACGAUUUAAAUACGAAGCAAUCACAAAUGAUGCGUUGGAUGAAAUUAUUUGUCAAUGCGAUCGAAAUACAUGUGAAUGUUUACCAAAAAAGGACGAACCCGACUUGAAAACUAAAUAUCCUGUCCGUCCGCGUAUAUUUAUAGGACCUUAUCCCAGGACAAUGAGUGAUAGUGGUAUAUCAGUACCAUGCAGAAGAGAUCGUGGAUUUCAUUUAUUUCCUGAUGGUAGAAAGAAACGUAUUCUUGAAGGUUUUAAGGCUGGUCCCCCAUUCUAUGAUGCUGAAGUGCGUGAGUUUACUACUUUUUACCGUGGAUGCAAAUGGAGCUACUGGACUGCGCGAAGAUCGACCAAAACUGUGGACGAGGGACCAGGUCCUGCGGAUUAUACCAUACAACAUGAGCCCACUGAAACAGAAAAGUGUGCGGAAAAAAUCCGUGCAGAUAAAAGAAGAAAAUCAAAACAAUACAGGUACAUUGAAAUGGUUCAACAAAAUAAUAUAAGAGAAAAUCUACCUGGCCCGGCUACUUAUAGUCCAAAAGCUCCUAAAGGUACAGAAUUGAAGUUCUUAGGUUCAAAAGCUGAGAGAUUUCAAACUUCUAAAUACGAAGUUAUUCCUGGACCUAAUGCUUAUACAAUUAAACGCAUAUUUGACUUACCAGAGUCGCCAGGCACUUAUUGUCAUGUAAAAUUGCCUCCCAUAGCUCCUUUUGGAUUUAAUGCGCCAAGGUUUAAACGCACCACUCAUCAGGCGCCUGGACCCGCUGACUACGAAAUUACUCAUAAGAUUUCUAAUUUUAUGGUUUGCUCAAAAGCGCCUUUUGGGUCAUGUUCAAAACGGUUUUCGGAAACAAAAGAACUAGAUGAAAUCGCUGAGGAAGAAAAUGAAGUGAAGGAAGAAGAGCAACGUGAAAAAUGUUUGAAUUCAAGUUGGAUGUUCAAGUCUCAGGCCAAGAGACUGAAUCCUCUGAAGAAGAACUUAUGUGCUCCCAGUCCCGCAGAUUUACCUAUGAAAAUGUAUGACACAAAAAGGUCUCUGCCGUUGCAACAAACAGCACCUUUCUUUACUUCGACCGAACGUUUUCAGCCUUGGUACAACUUUAUACCAAUACAAAAUUUGGAUGAAACCCCCGGGCCUGCACAGUAUAGGCAUGAUAAGCCGUCUUGUACACCCGCUGUAGUGCGGGGACCAUUAUAUCGGUCCAAACGUUUCGAUUAUUCAAUUUCUAAUACACCUGCAUGCAAUAGAUAUAAUAUUGGCGGCGGAGUGGAGACGGUGUUACAUACAAGCAGUGCAAGGGUUAAAGAUAAUAUUAGGAAAAGACGAGGAUUCUGUUGGAAAGCCUUAAAACAAAAGAGUAAAUUAAGUGAUAAAGAAAAAGAAUCGCUUUUAUUAAAUAAUUGCAUAGCUUUGCUGAAUGUUGACCUAUUUAGUGAUAAAAUUUCCAAUACGGGUAAUAAUUAUUCUGCGGCACCGGAGAAAAGAAAUAAAUUAUUACACUGUUUUUUGUACCGCCAUCCAGUACCUAAUUAUUUUUAGGCUUUUUAAAGAUCGAAAAAUAACUAGACAAAUUGGUACUGAACCUAUUCUUUUAGCUGAGACUGUACCUUGCUAAAGAAGCAAGUGUACUUGGCUUACAUGGAAUAAAGCUAGUAACAAAUCACUAACACACCUUACCACGGCAUGCACUAGGAACGCUCUAGCACAAGACUUGUCGUAAGGACUUUAUAGUAUACCUUUCUUAAUAUAGAAACGGCACAUUCUUUAUUU